UCCUCGCUGCAUUGUCACAGCCCCGUGUCACCACUCUUAAAAGGCUCCCGCAGCCAUUCCUGCACCAGCUGCUGACCAGCCUGCCCACGUGCCUCCUGCCUGCUCCUGCCUGUCUUGAAUGUCUGGUUCUUCAAGCUCCUUGUGGGUCUGACAAAGCAGGGACCAUGUCUACCUUUGGCUACAGGAGAGGACUUAGUAAAUAUGAAUCCAUCGAUGAGGACGAACUCCUCGCCUCCCUGACAGCAGAGGAGCUGAAGGAGCUAGAGAGGGAGCUGGAAGACAUUGAACCUGAUCGCAACCUUCCCGUGGGGCUAAGGCAGAAGAGUCUGACCGAGAAAACCCCCACGGGCACAUUCAGCAGAGAGGCACUGAUGGCCUAUUGGGAAAAGGAGUCCCAAAAACUCCUGGAGAAGGAGAGGCUGGGGGAAUGUGGAAAGGUUGCAGAAGAAGACAAAGAGGAGAGUGAGGAAGAGCUUAUCUUUACUGAAAGUAACGGUGAGAUUUCUGAGGAGGUGGACACCGAAGAGGAGGAGCAGGUGCAGGAGUCCCAGGAGGAAGAGGAGGAGGACGAGGAGGAGGAGGAGGAGGAAGAGGAGGAAGAGGAAGAGGAGGAGGAAGAGGAGAGGAGGACUGGAACUGCGAAAGGUAUCAAUGGAACCGCAAACUACCAUAGCGGGAAUUCUGACAACUCUAAGCCAAAGACAUUUACGAGUCAAAUAGAAAACAUACAUCUGACCGAUGGCAACAGUGGAAAGAACACAGAGUCACCCGCUGCCACUCACCUUUGUGGGAACCCUACGGUUAUCGAGGAUGCUUUGGAGAAGAUUGAACACAACGACCCGGCCACCACGGAGGUCAACUUGAACAACAUCGAGAACAUCACAACGCAGACCCUGAGCCGCUUCGCCGAAGCCCUCAAGGACAACACGGCGGUGAAGACGUUCAGCCUGGCCAACACGCACGCCGACGACGGCGCGGCCACCGCCAUUGCCGAGAUGCUCAGAGUCAACAAGCACAUCACCAGCAUCAACAUCGAGUCCAACUUCAUAACGGGCAGGGGGAUCCUGGCCAUCAUGAGGGCUCUGCAGCACAACACGGUGCUCACGGAGCUGCGCUUCCACAACCAGAGGCACAUCAUGGGUUCCCAGGUGGAGAUGGAGAUCGUCAAGCUGCUGAAGGACAACACCACGCUGCUGAGGCUGGGCUACCACUUUGAGCUCCCAGGACCAAGGAUGAGCAUGACCAGCAUCUUGACCAGGAAUAUGGAUAAACAGAGGCAGAAGCGGAUGCAGGAGCAGAAACAGCAAGAGGGAUACGAUGGAGGAUCCAAUCUUAGGACCAAAGUCUGGCAAAGAGGAACGCCUGGCUCUUCGCCUCAUGCGUCCCCCAGGCACUCUCCCUGGUCCUCCCCCAAACUCCCCAAGAAAGUCCAGACUGGGAGGAGCCGUCCCUCAUCUCCGGUGGCCCCACCUCCUCCCCCUCCUCCCCCUCCUCCUCCCCAGAGGCUGCCACCUCCUCCCCCUCCCCCUCCCCCUCCUCUCCCAGAGAAAAAGCUCAUCACCCGAAAUAUUGCAGAAGUCAUCAAACAACAGGAGAGCGCCCAACGGGCGCUGCAGAAUGGACAGAAAAAGAAAAAAGGGAAAAAGGCUAAGAAACAGCCAAACAAUAUCCUAAAGGAAAUAAAAAAUUCUCUUAGGUCAGUGCAAGAGAAGAAAACAGAAGACAGUUCUCGACCUUCUACCCCACAGAGAUCAGCUCAUGAGGAUCUCAUGGAAGCAAUUCGGGGAAGCAGCAUGAGACAGCUAAGGCGGGUCGAAGUUCCUGAAGCUCUGCGAUAAAAACAUGAUCUUUAGAAGAGGAUGCAGAACUGUUCAAUGGUAUUAAAUAAAAUGCAUUGUGAGAUGUUUCUAAAAUAACUUCUUCCAUUUGAAAUGUUCUCUGACAUUAAAAUAUAGCCUCACCCAUUAAUUACAAAGAGAAUUUUAAGAAACAAUAAGCAUUUUUCUUCUGUAAAUAUGAAAAUAAAUUUUUUUAUGUCAUGAGAUUUGUAUUGGCAAGAAGCAGUUAAUUUAAAAAUGCUCUUCAUCUCUGCGGAUAUAUUGGUAACUCUAAACUGUAAUGAGUUAACAAAAUGUGCUGUUAUUUUUGUAAUUUGGAUGAAAGUGUUUUUGUUUUUUUUUUCUCUUUUUUUUAAAGCCAAACUAAUAUUUUUCUGUGAGUUGAUAUAUCUGUCAGGUGUGUAUGUAACCUUGCUGAAUAUUAAAAAUAUUACAUUCUCACCCAAAAA